AUGACUCACUCUCAAUACCCGAAUAAUUCGCCGUCCCCCGAAGUUAUAAUCGAUUCGGGCGUACUGUCUGGGCUUCUUUUCCCGAACAAUACCAGGGCCUUCCUUGGCAUACCAUAUGCAGCUCCCCCAGUCGGAGAUUUGCGUUGGCGGCCGCCGCAGCGCCCUGAAUCAUGGGAGAACGUGCGACCAGCUGUGAAGUUCGGCCCCAGCAGCCUUCAGUUCCCCCUCCCAGAGAAUUCCAUCUACCAUGGGGGGGAGUUUGAGUUCAGUGAGGAUUGCCUCUAUCUGAACAUCUACACGGGUUCAGACGGUGAUAACCGACCUGUAUUGGUCUGGUUCCACUUUGGAGCAUUCAUCUUUGGGUCUAGCUCCAACCCCCUCUAUGAUGGGACAAAUUUUGCAACAGAAGGACUAACUGUUGUGACUGUCAACUAUCGCCUGGGGCGCCUCGGCUUCCUCGCACAUCCAGAGUUGAGUGAUGAGUCCAGCCAUAAGACAUCAGGCAACUACGGCAUCAUGGACCAAAUCGCGGCCUUGGAAUGGGUGCGAAGGAACAUCAAGGCCUUCGGGGGUGACCCCAAUAAUGUCACCAUAGGAGGUGCUUCUGCGGGGGGCGCGAGUGUUCACAUAUUACGCUCCUCCCCGCUAGCAAAGGGGUUAUUCUCAAAGGCUAUUUGUGAGAGCGGACCAGGUGUGGCUCCAGCUCUUGAUGGCCAUGGCCAUCUCGCAGCUUACACGACACUAGCCUCGGGAGAAAAGGCAGGCGUUGAAUUGCUGGCCGCUGUAGGGGCGCCGUCUAUCGCGGAGCUUCGCAAGAUGCCCGCAAAGACUAUCAUGGCUACAUAUUUACCCCGGGCAAAGGGACAAUGGAAAUCAGAGACGUGGCAUGCAUCUACAAGCCUUAGUCUGUUUGACACCGCCAAUCCUAUUGUUGAUGGCCAUGUCUUGCCCGAAUCACCUCUGACGACGCUACUAUCCGGGAGGAUGGCUGACGUCCCCUUUCUUGCAGGAAAUUCUGUCGACGAAGCAACUAGCUUGCCACAUUUGGAUUCGCUCGCCGAGUAUCGUACCUACGCAAAGGACACAUUCGGUGAGCAAGAAGAAGAGCUCCUCCGCCUAUAUCCCGCUGCAGCCAACUCAGAGGUGCGAUCUGCAUGUUUAAACCUUCUCGGUGACCAAGUUUUCGUCUGGCCGACAUGGAUCUCGGCAGAGAUACAGGCCGCCAAGAUGAGCUCUCCUGUGUGGUACUAUAGGUUUGCACGAGCACCUCCAAUUGCCCGUGAGACAGCUGAGGGGAAUUCCGCUGGCGUAUUUCACUGUGCCGGUGUCCCGUACGCAUUCGGGAAUCUCAACAACUGGAAGGAUUGGGACUGGACCGAUGCGGAUAGAGCCCUCUCCAAAGAUGUUUUAGAGACUUGGGUACGAUUCAUGACAUCGGGGAAUCCCAACGCGACCGACAUGGAUUCUGGUACUUGGCCCGCUCUGAGUUCUACGAGAAAUAAUAUCAAGAUAUGGGAUUUCGAGCCAAGGAUCGAGGUGCUUGAGUCGCGUUUUGACCAUAUGUCAGCAUUUUGGAAGGCUUAUUAUGGGGUGAACAAGCAUCUAUCUACUCAGUAG